CUGUCUGCUGCUGCCAACAACCAAUCAAAAGAGAAAAGUCCCGUUUCUAUUCAAUUCUGCUUUUAAAAUUUCGAAAUUUGCCGAGUCGGGAUAAAGUAAUGGGGCCUUGAGGGUACAAGUGAGUCACGCUCUUUUCUUUGUCGGUACCGGGUGUUUUAGCAGACUGCAAGACGAUUCCUCCACAAUCCACACACAAUGUCCACUUCCGAUUGAGCAACGUGUUUUUUCCAACGUCGUGUAGGUUGUGAGGCAAAAGAAAGGACUUCCCCCAGUUUUGCUUGACGGAAUGCCGGGGUGUUGGACAUUGUUGGUGCUCAGUUGAUAAAUGUCCGACUUCUUUCGUGGUUCUAACGAUUUGUGCUCCUCGGCCCGACUUGUUAUGAGAUCUCCACAACAUUCGUAACAACUACUCAUCGAAAAUGCCUGGAUACCAGAAAGCUGGUUUUUCGCUUGCCUCGAAAUCCAAAUCGACCAGUAACUUGAGCAACAUGAAACCGAGUACUUCUCCACCGCCAACACAUGACUUUAGGGUUAUGCAUUUGAUGCCUCUGAUAGCCGAUAUGCUCUCCAAUGAUGAUGCCACUGCAGAUGAAUUGCUGAGGCCAAACAGCACCAGGAAGCCUUAUCCAGAUAUUCAAACAUAUCUCGAGACUCACUUCCGACUUUUGUGGGCCGAUUUCAUUCAGCCACUUCGUGAAACGAUCGGGAAAUUCUGCAAAGGCCGUGAGCAAGUUCCACCUGUGGACAACCCAAAUCAGCGUAUUCAUUUCUACCGUAACGUCAGUUUCAUUCAAAAUUCGUUCCUGUCCAGCGUCACGGUCCCCGACAGAUCCGAUUCGUGGCGUCGAUACAACAUCCGGUUUGAUUCCAUGCCCGGCUUCGACUGGGAGAAGAACAAACGGUUGAUUUACGGCGCUUUGGUCUGUCUGUGGAAUGCACCCAACAAAGUCAUCAUCCUGGCCACGGUGUCACGAAGCGAUCCCGAGGAACUGGAGAAGGGCUGGUUGACUGUCAGCAUCGAAAAUCCCCCACACAACUGCGAUGACUUUACCAGCAAGACCUACACCAUGCUGGAAUGCGAAGUCUUUUACGAACCCUACAGGGUCGUCAUGGAAGCCUAUCAGCAACUCCAGGAUGACUCUUUCCCAUUCAAAGACCACCUGCUGGGCUGGAAGAAAGAUCCUGGCGUUCCCGACUACCUACUCAAGUCGAAAAUCCCCGGAAGUCAAGAGUACCGCAUCACCAAGAGCGACGGCAAUUGCGUCACAACCAAAAACGUUUUAAACAUCAGCACUUGGCCGUGUGCUAGUGAAUUGGGUGUCAAUCCCAUCCAGCGGACGGCCCUUCACGCCGCCAUGACUCGUCGAUUGGCGCUGAUUCAGGGCCCACCCGGUACGGGCAAAACGUUCAUCGGCCGGAAGAUCAUCGCCACUCUACUGGACAACAAACAUUUGUGGCACGACAGCGGCAACUAUGUCCACGACAACGCCCGUCUCGUUGACAAAUUCCAGAAAGGGAAAAUGCAAGAUUUUUGGCAGAGUUACGGUGAACUGUGGAGGGACCAAAGGAGUCCAAUUGUCGUCAUCUGUUUGACCAAUCAAGCCCUGGAUCAGUUCCUUGAAGGAGUUUUAAAAUGCACCAAAAAAGUCAUCCGAGUCGGCAGCCAGUCCCAAUCCACUUUGCUGGAAGGUUACACGAUGUCCGUUUUGAAAGAUAAUGUUGUUCAAGAUAGAAAAAAGUACACAGAGUCGACGUUUCUGUACCACAAGUAUCGCAUGAACGGUCUGAAGAAAUGCAUCCAGGACACGGUGGAUCAAAUCCAAGCCCUGACGAAGAAACUGAACAACAUGAGGAAGCAGGCAGCUCAAUCACCGCUGGGACGUGAUCAAGCGGCCGAGUCGUUAAAGACGUUGAAACUCCACCAAAUGGAGCAGACGUACCGGGGCCAAAUUCGCGAAUACAAUCGCAUCAAAGCCGAGUCGGAAGAGGCACUUUGUCGCUCCGUUGACGUCGUUGGAUUGACCACCACAGGUGCCGCUCGUCGCCGGGAUGUUCUCGCCCUUUUGCAACCCAAAAUCGUUUUAGUUGAAGAGGCCGCUCAAGUCUUGGAGCCGCACAUUGUGGCUUCGCUAACUGCCAGUUGUCAGCAUCUCAUCAUGAUCGGUGAUCAUUUGCAGCUCAGACCCCAGUGUAAUGUUCAUAAAUUGGCCGCCAAGUAUCACAUGGACGUUUCGCUAUUCGAGCGUCUAGUCAAGACCGGGGUUCCGUCCGUCAUGUUGGCCGUCCAGCAUCGAAUGCGCCCCGAAGUGUCCCGAUUGAUUGUUCCGUCCGUCUACAGCCAUUUGGAGAACCACUCGAGCGUCCUCCAGCAUCCGGUCGUUCCUUCCGUCAACCGCAACGUCUUUUUCAUCGAUCACGACCACCAGGAGGCUCGGGAGGAAGGUGGCAGCAGUUACUACAACAGACACGAAGCCGCCAUGGCUCUCCGAUUGGCCCAUUUCCUCUGCGAGCAAGGUGUGCAGCAGGAGAAGAUCACGGUGCUGGUGACUUAUGCCGCCCAGAUGCGGGCCAUGGUGGCCCACCGGCGGGAGCAGUACAAACUGCGCUCGCUGGAUCGCGUCCACAUCACGACGGUGGACAAUUACCAGGGCGAGGAGAACGACAUCAUCAUCUUGUCGUUGGUUCGCAACAACCGGAUCAAAUCGGUGGGAUUCUUACGCACCCCCAAUCGAGUUUGCGUCGCUCUAUCCCGCGCCCGUCACGGACUCUUUCUCUUGGGCAACAUCCGUCUCCUGGCCGGCUCCGGAAGUAAACUCUGGCUUCACGUUCAGAAUGUUUUAAACAAAAAUGGCGAGCUGGGCAAAGAAUUGACGCUUCGCUGCGACCGCCAUCAUCAACAAACUGUCAAAGUUAAAUUGCCAGAGCAUUUUCCCAUUUGCGGGAUCGUCUGUAAAUUGAAGUGCGGGGCCAUUUUGGACUGCGGACAUUCGUGUCAACUGCCGUGCCGCAAUCAGUGCCAACACGCCGUCGCCUUGUGCCAGCAGAUGGUGGAGACUUUGCUGCCCUGCAGCCAUUUGAUCAAAGUUCCUUGUUCUCUCCGCAACAACAACAACAACAUUGGCGGAUCGGUCGAUUGCGUCGUCGACGGAUGUCGUCGUCUUUCAACUCCACUAGCGACAAAUUUCGACCUCAAAGCGGAAAUUACCAAACUGCUGACCAAAUAUUCGUCGGACGAGAGUCUGUUCAAGGCGGCCGAGUCGUUGCUCAGAGAUAAAAGCGUCGAGGAUCAAUGGAGGAUGUACCAGCGCAUGUAUUACCUCUGCCUGUCGGCCGUAUUCAAGGGCGACCUGGAGCGGAGUUAUUCCUAUUCAACGGUCAACAAUCAGCCGGCCCAAGUGAAGCUGCAGAAAGAGUGGGCCGACGAUUUGAGAGCUAGUCACCAGGCCGUCCAGGUCAAGAGUUUGGAGCAGCAAGCGACGGCCCAAAUCGAAGGAUGUUGGAGCGUCCAGUGUCUGAAAGACGCCUUGUUCCAGUGGCGUCGCCUGGAUCUCCUGCGUCAGUGUCUCACCAUGUUGAGCGUCGAGCCUCAAUCUGACACGUCCCAGACGUGCCAGCACUUGCUCAAAAAGGCCCAGCUCGCCCUGCAGGACGACGGCAGAGGAUCGCCGGCCAAGAAGUGGACGACCAGCCAAGAGAACGACGUCUACGCCCUUUUGAAGUCGGUGGCGACGAUGAUGGAAUUUGAUCUGACACGCCCAGACGUCCAGAUGAUUAUGGAGACCGAGCCGGUCGAAGAUGAGCCACCACUGCCGCCAGAUUCCAACAAUCUCGAUUGCAUCUUGUCAUUACAAAAUAUGAUUUUGUGAUAUGUCGCUCUUGUCGUUAUACCAUUAUUUGGUUAUAUAAUCCAUUCCAUGAGAAUCCUGAUAUUUUUCGGCAGCCAUUUGUUCGCAAAAUUCAGAGAAGUAAAACAAAUGUGAAAUUCAAUUAUUCUAAUCACGAUUCGUUCGUUCAAAAUUCAACCGAUGCUGAUCUGUGCCUGUUGCCAUUGUAAGUCAAACGUUUCCCUGCCUUUAAACAUCUAUCGAAUGUCCAUAUAGCUGCUGAUAAAUAAAAAAGCAUUGGCGACCAAAA